CAGCUUCCUCAUGCAAUGGUUGAGCCAAGAUUCAAAUUACAAUCCUCUCAGCCGAGUUCUUUCCGGCAUAUGAAGUCAGAUUCCGGUGAAAUGGUCAGCCAAGUGAGUUUAACUAAUACCGUUAAUUCUAACAGGAGGAGGUUGAAGAUCCGGCGACUCAAGUACACGUGCCAAACGAAGACGCAAAUCACAAUCGCCGAAGGCGAGAGCGAGAGCUUGAAUAAAGACGAAGUCGUUUUGACUCCACGCUUCACAAGGAUCGCGUACGGAUCGGUGUCAGUGAUCGGUAGGAGGAGGGAGAUGGAGGAUACGGUGAGAGUGGAGCUAGGUUUCGCGAGCAAAGGAGGGGAGAAGUACGACUUCUUCGGAGUGUACGACGGGCACGGCGGAGCAAGGGUGGCGGAGGCUUGCCGGGACAGGAUGCACGAGGUGCUGUUGGAGGAAAUAGUGGCGGGAAAGGAAGGUGAAAUUGAUUGGGAUAGGGUGAUGGAUGGGUGCUUUGUGAGGAUGGAUGAGGAGGUGGUGAGUGAUAAAAUGAUGGGGUCCACGGCGGUGGUGGCAGUGGUGGGGAAGGAGGUGGUGGUGGUGGCGAAUUGUGGGGACUCUCGUGCUGUGAUUUCAAGGGGUGGUGCUCCUGUGGCCUUGUCUGUUGAUCAUAAGCCUGACAGACCUGACGAGUUGGAUAGAAUUGAAGCUAAUGGUGGAAGGGUCAUAAACUGGAACGGAUACCGUGUCUUAGGUGUUCUUGCCACUUCCAGAUCCAUAGGUGAUCAAUACCUGAAGCCACAUGUGAUAUCUAAACCAGAAGUCACAGUGAGCAAGCGAACUGGCGCAGAUGAAUUUCUCAUACUAGCAAGUGAUGGCCUGUGGGAUAUCAUCUCAAACGAAGUUGCGUGCCAGGUCGUGAAAAGAUGCCUCAGUGGCCGGAUGAGGAGGAAAUCUGGGGAUGUUACGAAGGAAGGUCGCGCAGCGGAGGCAGCUGCGGUGUUGGCAGAGCUAGCAAUGGCUAGAGGUGGCAGAGAUAACAUUAGUGUCAUAGUAGUUGAGCUGAAAGAGCAGAGAGAUUUAUCCUGCUAGUAUAGCAAUAAUUAUGAAUAAUCAUAAUUUUUAGUCAGAUACUAGAAUCUGAUGCCAUUCUUUGUAAAAGAAGAUUCAAUAUCUGGAAGCUCAUCAAGGUUUCACUUGUGAUUGAUGAUGAGGAGGAACGUUUUCAUUAU